GGGCCAAGGGAUGAGCAGGGGCCUUUCUUACCAAUGGCAUCUCCCCCUGGUCUGGAACUGAAGACACUGAGCAGUGGUUUCCAGACCCCAAGGAGACCAGCUCCUCUGGGCCCGGUGGCCCCACCCAGGGAGGGUGUGGAGAAUGCCUGCUUCUCCUCAGAAGAACAUGAGACCCAUUUCCAGAACCCUGGAGAUGCCAGACUGGACAACCCCUCCAACUCCCCCGGGGGUGUCCCCUCAUGGCCCCGAUCUCAGCCGGACGAUCUGUCCCUGCAUUCAGAAGAGGGGCCAGGCCUGGAGCCUGUGAGCCGCCCAGUGGAUUAUGGCUUUGUUUCUGCUCUGGUUUUCCUGGUGAGUGGGAUCCUCCUGGUGGUGACAGCGUACGCCAUCCCCCGUGAGGCCCGUGUCAACCCGGACUCAGUGACAGCACGGGAGAUGGAACGACUAGAGAUGUACUAUGCUCGCCUGGGCUCCCACCUGGACAAGUGCAUCAUUGCAGGCCUGGGGCUGCUCACAGUGGGAGGCAUGCUCUUGUCCGUGCUGCUGAUGGUCUCCCUGUGCAAGGGCGAGCUCUACCGCCGGCCAACCUUCGUCCCCGGCAGGGGCUCUAGGAAGACCUAUGGCUCCAUUAACCUGCGCAUGAGACAGCUCAAUGGGGACGGGGGUCAGGGCCUGGUGGAGAAUGAAGUUGUCCAGGUCUCAGAGACCAGCCACACCCUCCAGGGGUCUUAA